AUUUGAACAUGCUCAACUAAUUAGGAAACUUAAGAUAAAUAAUUUUAUUUCGAGAGUUCACCUGCAAGCAGAGGGGAGGUUUAAAAUGUUGCAGUGAGCAGUGUAAAGAAAAUUUAUCGUGCGAAACGUUUGGAGGGUUUAAGGCUUAGAUGGAUUUCCGGAGGCGGAAGCAACAGGCGAUGGCAUCGCUGGAGGCCGCCUCUGAUAAAUCUCGCAAGGGUGGGGUUGACGCUCCCAUCACUGACCUCAUUAACUCUAUCAACAAACAUCCCUCCUACUACACCACCAGCUCCUGCUCUGGCAGAAUUUCUAUUCUGCAAGAACUUCCCCCAGCAGACAAGAAGCUCAAGAAGAAGGCAGGCGACUGGAUUUUUGUGACUCACGAAACUGCCGAUGCAAACCAAGUCCUCGAUUUGUUGUUUUCACAGGAUUUGCUAAACGGGGGUCUCGUCGUUUUCAGAUUCGAGCCUUUUAUAUUGGCUCUCGAUUGCUCUGAUAUCUCUGCAGCUCAGGCUCUUGUGGCCUCUGCUAUUUCUUGUGGAUUUCGAGAAUCCGGCAUCACAAGCAUUGGGAAGCGGAUCAUGGUGGCACUUCGCUGCUCGAUACGUAUGGAAGUACCUAUAGCAGACAAAGGGCAGAUGUUGGUGCCUAGGGACUACAUCAUUUUUCUUGUCAAUCUUGCAAAUAACAAAAUGGAGAUGAACAAAAAGAGGAUUGACAAGUUUUCUGAAGUUUUCCAGGAGCAGGGUGGUAAUUCUCCUUCCAUGAACAAGCAGCUGCAAGAAAAUGAUCCUGAGCAUGUAAAAGGAAAACAUAAAACAGACGAAAAAAUAUCGAAUGGUUCACAAGAGUCAUUAAAGGAACACAGCAGUGUUGCAGAGCUUGAACACAGGCAGCUCAAUAUUCUGUCACUAAUAACUGAGCUAGAAGAAUUUGUAGCUUGUAAUGAUGAUAAUGGUAUUGGCAUACCAUUUCCCAACAGCAGCGCUUCUUGUUAUAGUGAGAAAGGUAGCCCGUCUAAGGUGUUUGCAACUGAAGAUGGUCAUGAUGCUACCUGCAGUUCUUUAGUUAGCCAACCUCAAAAUCAUAGAUCAGAUAUCCAUAAAUAUAGCUUGCAGACAUCAAUGGUUCAAGAUCAAAGUUCUGAGGUAUGCACAUCUUCUGGGUGUAGACACAUGGCUAUCAAAAUGAAAAUUUUUGGUGAGCCACUCGAGAAACUAUUUCGAUGGGGUCACUCAACAUGUGCUGCACAUUUGACAAGUUCAAAGUCAUUGCUUAUUUUUGGUGGUUAUGGAGGUAAAGGGCGUCAUUCACGACUAAAUGACACAUUGAUUCUGGAUACUAAAAGUGGUAAUUUGAAGACUCUAAAAGUUCAAAAUUCACCAAGUCCUCGAAUGGGUCAUACUGCUGUUUUUGUGGGUCAGUACCUAUUCAUAAUUGGUGGCCGGGAAGAUCCAACAAGAAUCCUAAGUGAUGUAUGGUUUUUUCACUUAACUGAAAUGAAAUGGCAUCUGAUUGAGUUCAACCAGGACAUUCUCCCUGCAAGGCAUCGACAUGCUGCUGCAGUGGUUGGUUCAUGUAUAUAUGUGUUUGGUGGGAUCAAUGGCUCCACUAUUUAUGGGGAUCUGCAUGUACUUGACACAAAUAUAAUGGAGUGGAAACGAGUUGAAGCUAAGGGUGAAGUUCCUGUUUCUCGUCAUUCCCAUUCCUUAGCUGUAAGAGGAACAAGGAUAUAUUUAUUUGGUGGCUAUGAUGGAAGUAGAAUUCUUGGGGAUCUCUAUGCAUAUGAUGUUGAAACAGGUUUCUGGAAUGAGGUGAAAACAAAAGGGAGACAACCCGGGCCCAAAUUUUCUCAUUCUAUUGUUGUUUUUAACAAAUACCUAGCUAUAAUUGGGGGUUGUCCUGUGGCUGAAAGAUUCCAAGAAUUGUUUUUGUUGGAUCUUGAGCUUCUGGUUUGGAGGCAUUUAUCUAUUUCAUCAAUAAGUGACUGUCUUCUAGUACGCAGUACAACUACUAUUGUUGGAGAUGAUUUAUUUAUUAUUGGCGGAGGAUGUUCAUGCUAUGCAUUUGGAACAAAAUUCAACGAGCCCCUUAAAUUUGACAUGCGCUCACUGAUAUUUUCAGAGCAAAACCACUGGCUACAUAGUAAUAACAGAACUAAACAACAUGUUCAAAUUUCUCAAAUCAAUGCCACAAAUGACAAAAAUUCUUCUGCAAAUAAUACUAUAAUAGGAAACAGAGUGAUCUCACGAAGAGAUAAACCUUUUCCUGUCUCUAUGAUUGCCAAUGCAAGGGGUGUAAGUGACCAAAAUCAAAGUGAAGGAGAAAAUCCUGAACCAUUCAUCUCAGCAACAAAUAUGCCCUUUCAUUUCUCAAAGAUUGCAGACACAAGGGAUGAACAUGAGCAAGAGCAGAAUGAAGGUGAAACAGUACACAGGAGCAACAUGUGGAUAUUGCAAGUUGACAAAUAUUCAGCAAAGCUUGCAAAAGAUGUGUUGAAGAAACUUGGUUGGUUAGAUAUGAGCAGGAAAGCGAGGGCAAUUGAACAGGGUUCCUGUAUUUGUUUCCCCAUAAUGGAAGAAGCUGUUUACUUUUUCCAUAGAAAUAACUUUAGUUUUAUUGACAAGAGGGAACUUCAUUCAUCCAUGGAUAUAUGGGAGAGUUCGGUGGUGAAAUUGAGAAAAGGGGUUUCCAAAAGUGAUGUUUCUUUCUCUGCAUUGUUAGAUAUCUUGACUUCUUGUAAUGGGAUGGUUGCUGAAGGGGAUGUUUGCAGCAGAAGUAAAGAAUUCAAAACUCCACAAGUAUUAUUGCGAGAAGCAGUAGCUUUGUUAGCCAAGCAGAAUGGUCUUUCUCCAUCCUUACUAGAAGAAUUGCCAAGUCGAUGGGAGCGACUAGGUGAUAUGGCAGUCCUGCCAAUGGCAUCUUUCACAGCUGAUAGCUGGUGCUCUUUUGGUAAGGAACUUUGGGUCACUGUGGCAAGAGCACUUGGUGUGCAGCGUGUAGCUCGCCAGGGUCGAAUUGCUGCAACAGGUACAAGGGAUAGCACCUUAGAGCUCCUUUUAGGUGACAAUGGCUGGGUGGAACACAGAGAAAAUGGAAUUAUGUAUUGUUUUGAUGUAACGAAGUGUAUGUUUUCAUCUGGAAAUGUAUCAGAGAAACUUCGAAUGGCCAAAAUGAAUUGCAGAAAUGAAAUAGUGGUGGACUUAUUUUCUGGAAUUGGAUAUUUUGUUCUGCCAUUACUCUUAAAGGCCCAUGCAAAACUUGUGUAUGCUUGUGAAUGGAAUCCUAAUGCAAUUGCUGCUCUUCGGCAUAAUAUUACUGUAAAUGGUGUUGAAGAUCAUUGCAUUAUUUUGGAAGGGGACAACCGCAUUACAGCUCCCAAGAGAGUCGCACACAGGGUGUGUCUUGGCCUUUUACCAAGUAGUGAGCUAAGCUGGUGCACUGCUGUCAGAGCCCUCAGGCCUGAAGGGGGUGUGCUACAUGUGCAUGGGAAUGUUAAAGACUGCGAGGAGGUAUCUUGGCUGGAAUAUCUCGCCAUGUCUAUAAAAGAUUUUGCUCUUAAAGAAGGAUACACAUGGAAGGUGAGUAUUGAGCAUGUGGAACGAGUUAAAUGGUAUGCUCCACAUAUCCGUCAUCUGGUUGCAGAUGUCAAAUGUGUAAGUGUGUGAUUCUAUAUUUUCAUAGUGUACGUGUGACACAGGAAAAAUAUCUGUAUCAGUUUUAUUGAUGGUUAAUGAACCAUGUAGCUCCUGAAUGACAGGAAAAAUAGAAGUAUUGGUUUUUUCAGUGGUUCCUUAACUAUCUAGCUUCUGAGUCCUGCCCAAAUCUAUCAAUCAACAUUUUCAAGAGAUUUGGAGCUAUCAGGAUCCAUGUAUACACUGUUGCUGAAUUUCAUUAUGUGCCCAUAUUAACUAAAAUGUAAAAAAAUUCGUUUGACUGAUAAGGGAAAUAGAUCUCUUGGAUUAGAAAUAUACAAAAGGAGCAGAAGAUAGUCAGAACUAUGUGUAGAUGAAGUUGUCACUUCACUUUAAGAGCCUAUUCCAUUGUUUCCCCAAAAUCAUCUAGUAAACAAAUAUUGUAUUAAAAUCAUAGUUUUUGGAAGGCCACAUGAGUUGACUGCUGAAUCCAAUUUUGUGAGUAUAAGAAGUAGCUUUCUUGCGACA